CCAGCCGUCGCUCGUAAGCAUUAAGAAAACCCCGUGGCGCUUCCAAUGCAUAAAAUCAACGGCGCCAAACCACCAUCUCCCUCGCAUCUGCUCGAGUCUCGAGUACAACGGGUACAAACGAGCAAGGACUCGACCCGAUGGUCUCACUCUCUGAAGAGCCCGCCCCCCACAACGCAUAUGCAGAUGCAGCAGCAAUCACCACCGCUGUGCAGGUAUUUCCGCAGCCCCGUCUCCCCAAGUCCACCUUGGCCUCAUCCGAGACCGUGCAGGCCGCGCGCGCAUUGCCAACUAAUGGCGCUUGCGAUAGCACCCUUGCAAACCAUCCCCCGCCUCCCGAAAAGAAAUCGUAGUGUUUCGUUUCCCUUGCGCAAUGCCGUGAAAUGAAGCCAAUGAUCCAAAAGCAAGAUUGCCGUUUAUUUGUCGAUUUAGGAGACAGCAGUGCUGCUGCUGGACUGGUAGGCUAACUAACUCCAUUUCCUUGGACGGGCCGCGACGGCGCCAUCUUACACGUUCAUCCAAAAAUAGCCCUGCGCGUGCCAUUGGGCUCUUUUUUUUCAGUGUUCCCAUGUGCCCUUCCUUCUCUUCUCAUCACUAGCGACGGCAGCUAGUCAUCUAGACAGACGCUACUCUGCUGAACAUCCAUGUCUAUAAUACCUCGACAAAUAUUCACUGCUUCCAAGACUUACUUCUGCUGCUGCUGCUGCUGCAUGCAGUCAGCAUUCAAAUGCGUCUACUGCAGUUGGCCACGUCGUGUUGUCUGUUGUCUGUCUGUCCCCAGAAAAAGGGAAAGCCCAUCCACGUUGUUCGCGUGACAGACGUGGCGCCAUGCCGACCACGAAUCUUGCUCGCUUGCCCGCCUACCUAAUUAACCAUUGGUAUUGAAUGAGACUGGCCAACCAACUACACCUCUUGGUUAAUGUUAUUGCCCGAGACAGAUUUUCAAAUAGGAAGCAAGCGAAGGAGCGGAUCGACCCUUCCUCCCGUUCGUUCGGCGGCAGUUGGCUGGUGGAGCCUCAAGCCAUGAUCAUGCUAUGGUAGGUACCCCGACUAUGUAACCGCUUUACUGUGCCUCAUGGACGAAGCUCCAACACUACAACCUUACCAUGCCCAUCUUGUUACUUGUUUUACCUCUUGCUUUGACAACGUUCCUGGUGUUUGUCAUUGUUCGCAUCUCUCAAUAAAUGUUCCCACACCUCCAUUCCUACCAUCCGACAAAUACGUGUAUACCUGGUCAUCAUACCUAUAUUCCAACAAAAAAAUAAUCAAACUAUAAAUAUAUACCAAUAUCUAAAUCGCUUAUCCUCUUUCCACCCCCUUGCCUCCCUUCUCCCGUUCCUCUCCACAUCACCCCCGGUAACCACGCAAACACAUUCCCACAAAUCUAACCCGAAGAGCCUAGUCAAUCUACCCAGCAGAUCAAAAAGAACGAUAAAAAGAAGAGUGAUAUAU